AUGGAUAGCCUUUUAAAUAGAAUAAAUGUAAUUUUUUAUUCGAUGGCAUUAUGUUUUAUUACCCUGUGUCUUUUUAAUUAUGGAACAUCAUUUUAUUUAUUUGAUGAAAAUAGUAUAGUAACUGAUGUAAAAGUGAAAAGUGUAAAAAGGUUAGUUUAUAAUAAAUAUAUAAACGGUGAUGAAGCAGUUUUAUCUUUAGAUUUAUCAUAUGAUAUGACAAAAGCCUUUAAUUGGAAUUUAAAACAGUUAUUUGUAUAUGUAUUAGUAACAUAUGAAACCCCUGAAAAGGCAGAAAAUGAAGUUAUUAUACAAGACUAUAUUAUAAAUAACAAAAAAAGUGCAAAAAAAACAUAUAAAAAUUUUAUUACAAAAUAUUCCCUUAAAGAUUAUUAUAAUGGAUUAAGAAAUAAUUUAAUAAAUAUACAAGUAUGUUAUAAAUAUAUGCCAAUAAUCGGAUUAUCACGAACUUACCACGGGGCCAAAACAUCGUAUAUGAUGCCUGAUGAAUAUUUUGAUGCGAUGCCAGCUAGAUAUCCAUUAUAUUAUCCUGACAAAUAA